UCCUGUAAAAGCUAGAAGUUGAAAAGACGUGUUUUCUGUCUCGGGACAACUGUUGAUACACGACAGAUAAAGCUCCACGUCCAGUAUAUCGCCGAAUAAUGUAGAUCCCGAGAAGAGGUUACAUAAGCUGGGACUACGUAUCGGCAGGUUCAGCCUGCCUCGCUAUCUGUCUACAUUCGUGUAUCGAAACCAAGGCUGAUCGCGGAUAGUGCGUCAGCUCAUAGAAGCCUGUAUUAGCGUGCUGUGUAGCUUUCAAAACAAACUUGGCCCACUGUGCUGGCAUAUUACUCUCCUUGGAACACCGACAAUUCAUCUCAGGAUUUUUUCGGAUUGUGCAUGUGUGUGAGGUUCUUGAACGUUUCCGGGGUUAAGCGUGGAGCUUGAUGGUAGCCAUCUGAGAGCUACUUUGGUCUGGCCCAUCACGCGGCGACGUUACCAGCUAAUCAUUAUGAGAGAGCUAAUGCCUGGCAGUGGACGUGCCCUGGUCUCCGUUUGCGCUCAGGUGUGGGUACUGACCAGUGUCUUUGUGUUUCAUCCAGUGGCGGCUGGCACGGGGAAGCUACCAGACGAACAGAGACUCCUGAGAAAGUUGUUCAAUCCCAGGGUGUAUGACACCAGCGUCCGACCCGUCUUCAACUCCUCCGAUAAUGUGGAAGUGUUUUUCAACUUUAAUCUCAUCCAGAUCAUGGACAUGGAUGAGAAGAACCAGAUCUUGACACUCAAUGCCUGGUUGGAAUCGAGCUGGAAGGAUGAACGGAUAGAAUGGGAUCCUGAAGAUUUCGGCGGAUUAAAAAUGUUCAGGCUUCCGUCGAAGAAACUUUGGCUACCUGACAUAGUGCUUUAUAAUAACGCUGAUGACUACACGACAGGAUUCAUGCCUUGCAACGCUAUGGUUGACAGCAACGGAGGAGUGUUGUGGUCACCCCCAGCUAGACUGCGGAGUUCCUGUAAGAUCGACAUCAGAUACUUCCCAUUUGACAGUCAACGUUGCACUCUGAAAUUCGGCUCUUGGACAUACGACAAGGCUCAGGUAGACCUCAUCAAUCGGUCGGAACUUGCGGACAUUUCAAACUACAUAACAAAUGGCGAGUGGCGCCUUACCACCUACCAAGUAGUCCGCCAUGAAGUCGUGUACCCUAUCGGAGAUGCCGUGUACCCGGAUGUGACAAUUACCUUGGUGAUCCAUCGUCGAAUCCUGUAUUACGUCCUCAACAUCUUAUUUCCGUGUUUCUGGCUGAACAUCUUGAGCGUCCUGACAUUUUGUCUGCCACCUGAUGCCGGAGAGAAGAUUACACUGAGCAUUACAGUACUGCUAUCCUACUCGGUGUUCAUGCUGUUGGUGGCGGACAGCAUGCCGCCAACAUCGGACUAUGUUCCUCUGAUUGAGAUCUACCUAACCAUGUCCAUGGCUGUUGCAUCAGUGUCUGUAAUCUUGACUGUCUUCAUAUUAAAACUUCACCACUGUCCUCCAAACCAAUCGGAGGUUCCUAACUGGGUGCGAUAUCUUGUCUUAAAGGUGCUGGCUUCUAUAGUGCGAUGUAGCUGUGUCACAACCCCCAAUGGGGAUCAAAACAGGCCAUUCAUAGUAGUCACGCCUACUAAAGACACAGAACCUUCAGAUGCCUGUUCGCGCCUUCUUGGGGAUCACUGCUUAGUUCCAAAGUCAAAUCACCCACAAGAAAUGGGAUCAAGGUCCGAUGAUAACCUCAGUGUUGAAUUUCGAUCAUCUACCAGACGUAGUUUUUCCAAUAAGGAUUCAAACUCGGACGUUCGGAUGCAUUUGUACGAGCGUUCAGGAACAGGCAUGGAGGAGCUCUUGAGGUACCUCAAGUUGAUUGUUGAGAAGAACGAUGAAGAGGACAGAGCGAAUGAAAUGAACGAUGAAUGGAAACAGGUGGCGCUUGUGGUCGACAGACUCAUGUUCUGGCUGUUCAUGUUUAUCACUCUUUUCUCAACACUCGUUGUUCUUGUUAUCGUCCCAGCCGCUAAAUAUGCAGAAGACGAAGGAAAAUAGCAGCACAAGAACAUCUCCUUCUGGCAGUCUAUCACAGCAAUAUGAAUCUAAAUAUUGUUACCUGUACAUUUCGUGUCAUCUGAUAUGCUCAAAUGGAAACACUAUGACUAUAAUUAUGUAUUAUAUUUCACUGUAGGCUUACUGUGAUGAAAUAGUCGUUAAUACAAGAUAAUUUGCGUUCUCGUGUAUUAAUGUCCUUAUGCAACGUAUAGACUGUAUGAAACUGAUUUUUCAUAUACAUCAGCAGUUCUUCCUUUGUAUAAGAAACAUCACCAAAGACAAAAUCUGAUAACAAUUUACACAUUUAUACUAAUUGUAAAUUUUUGCUUUUCUUGCAUGAAUGUUACUAGACUUUAAUCAGGCUCCGGAGUAGUAAGCAUAGAAACGUUUUAUUUAGCAAUGCUGUAUAAAACGAACCAAAUGAUAUACAUAUAUAGUGUAUUUUUAGAAGCUUUACAAACCCAUGGUACCCGCGUGUUGGUAAUAUGGCGCCUAUUAUGCCAUACGUACCAAAGUGUAAAUAUAUCAAAACAAUAAAAAUAACAAUAAAAAUAACUACAAU